AUGAAAAUCAUUGGCAGAGGUGUUUCUUUCUUCAUUAUCUUCACCCUCACUGCUCUUUGGAAUGCAGGAGCUCAAGACUCUUGCUCACACCGAUGCGGGGAGCUGCUUGGUACCUGUUCUUGCCAGGUGACGUGCCAGUCCUUAGGGAUUUGCUGUCCCGAUUAUAAAGAAUUUUGUCUUCAAAUUUCUCCAUACUCAGGAUCUCUGAUGGGAGGCAAAGACUUUUUGAUUGAAAAUAUAGUUCUUAAUGCCUCUUCUGUGCUGACCUGCAGGUUCAAGCAGAAAAUCAAAACCAGUGGCUAUGUUGCUAAGGACGGAAAAGCUCACUGCAUCUCCCCGUUGCUGUUUGAGACUGGUUUCAUUCCCUUCGAAGUUUCUACAGAUGACGGGCUGACGUUCCCGUACUCUGGCACUUGGUUAUCAGUACAUCACAGCAAAGUUUCAGAUAGAGAAAAAUGCACGUUGGUAAAUGAGACAAAAUGGCAAUACUAUGGCACCCCCAACACUGAUGGAAACUUAACUCUCACCUGGAUACACCAGGCACUUGCAGCAAGCCAUAUCAACAUAGAAGUCUGGGUAUACCAGGAAACAGGUGACAGUUACACGGAAAACUGGUGGGCCGAAUGGAAGUAUCUUUAUACUUUGGCAAAAGAAAUCCCCAAUACUGGGACAUUUUCUUUCAUUCCUGUACCUGCUGCAAGAAAUUACAGUAUGUGGGACUUCGGAGUUUUAAGAAUUACACCGAGCAGCUAUUCUGAUGGGCAGAGCAACAUUCCAUCGGUCUGGAGCUCAGUGCAUGCAUUGGCUUGGCACCUUGGGAAAGACUUCAGAAACGAUCCAAAUGCAUGGGCAACUGCAAAAUGUACAGAAUGGGCCAGAAAGGAGGAGAAGUUACCAAACUUCAUGGAAGAAAUUACAGAUUGCCCUUGCACCUUGGCACAGGCAAGAGCGGACACUGGCAGGUUCCAUACAGAUUAUGGCUGUGACAUUGAAAAGGGGAGUGUGUGUACUUAUCACCCUGGUGCUGUCCAUUGUGUAAGAGCUGUUCAAGCCAGUCCCCAGUAUGCGGCAGGACAGCAGUGUUGCUAUGACUCCACAGGGACCCAAAUCCUCACGCAUGACUCCACAGGAGGCAGCACACCUGAUCGAGGCCAUGACUGGGGUUCACCGCCUUUCAUGAAGCCUCCCCGUAUACCUGGCUUUUCCCAUUGGCUUUACGAUGUCAUCAGCUUCUAUUACUGCUGCCUGUGGUCUGAUAAUUGUCACUUCUAUAUGAAAAAGCGGCCCUCCAGUGACUGCAGGACAUAUCGCCCUCCUCGAGCUGCAGCUGCAUUUGGGGAUCCUCACUUCCUCACAUUUGAUGGUCUGAACUUCACCUUCAAAGGCCAAGGAGAGUACACGUUGGUAGAGUCUGAUCUCUCAUCCCUAAGAGUGCAAGGGAGGACACAGCAGGCGCACUUUCCCAAUGGAACUGAGGCUCAGGUGACAGGCUUGUCUGCAGUGGCUAUGCAGGAGAACAACUCUGAUGUGAUUGAGGUACGGUACUCGGAGGAUUUGAAUCUGGAGGGCGUGAAGGUCAUCAGCUUCUCUGAGCAAAAUUGGAUGGACCUGAAAGGUCUCUUCCUCCAUUCUACAGCUGACCAGAACAUCACAGUCAUGUUCUCUUCUGGGGCUGGAGUGGAAAUAAGGGGAAGCGGAGGAUUUCUGACACUGACAGUUCUGCUCCCAGAGAAGUUUAUGAAUCACACACAGGGUCUCUUUGGAGUAAUGAAUGGCAAUACAGAGGAUGAGUAUACUUUCAAGAAUAAAACCACCAUGUCAGUUCACGCAAGUCCCCAGCAGUUGUUUGAGUUCGGAGCUAACUGGGCUGUUGAAAAUGGAACUUCUCUUUUUACUUAUGACACACAGUUCUUACUGAACAGUUUCUUUUAUGGGGAAAAGCACAAUGCUUCCUUUUUGCCCGUGUUCUUUCCUCAUGAAGACCCUGAUGAUCCCCUGGUGAAAGAGAUGGUCUUGCUCUGUGACUCUGACGCGUUCUGCAGAUUUGAUGUCCUGACAACAAGAAGCCUUCAAGUGGGAAGUUCCACAAGACUAUCUCAUCAGAAUCACAAGCUGCUGGUAGAAAAUCUAGAGCCAGUGAUCUCUUGUGGCUGGCUGGAUCAUCCAACCAAUGGAAGAAAGAAUGGAACUAACUACCUACUGGGAUCAACCAUCAGUUUCAUCUGCAAUCAGGGCUAUGAACUCACUGGUUCAAAGGAAAGAAUUUGCCAGGUGACGGGGGCCUGGUCUGGAGAUACACCCAGUUGCAUCCUGACAACAGAUAUCAAACAAAUAAUUCUUCUUGGCUGUGUAUUUGGAAUAGUCGGUCUUGCAGUCCUGGCACGUCUAACUUUCUUGUGCAGAAAGGAGAGAACAGGUGUGCUCAUGAUAGCAAUAGGUAAAUUUGAUGUAUCGUCUAAGGAACGCAUUGCAGGACACUAUAACUUUCCACAUAUCUUUGAACAUAUUCCCACUUUUAGGCAUGCAUGA